AUGUCCCUCGAUAACCUCAAGUCGUUUGAUCCCUUCGCAGAGACCGAUGGUGGGGACGACAAAAAGGAUUAUAUCCAUAUCCGUAUCCAACAGCGUAAUGGUCGUAAGACUUUAACAACCAUUCAAGGGCUUCCCAAGGAAAUCGAUCCUAAACGUGUUCUCAAGUUUGCCAAGAAAGAAUUUGCCACCAACGGCUCCAUCGUCGAGGAUACAGAGCUUGGUGAAAUUAUCCAGCUCCAGGGUGACCAACGUCAGAAAAUCUCUGACUUGAUGAUGAAUUCUAUGGGCAUCAAGAAGUCCAAUAUCAAGAUCCACGGUUUCUAA